AUCUGCACUUGGCAGCCGAGCUGGGCAAAACCCUCCUGGAGCGCAAUAAAGAGCUGGAGGACUCGCUGCAGCAGAUGUACAUCAACAACGAGGAGCAGGUGCAGGAGAUCGAGUACUUGACCAAGCAGAUGGAGAUGUUACGCGAGAUGAACGAGCAGCACGCUAAGGUGUACGAGCAGUUGGAUGUGACGGCCCGAGAGCUGGAGAUAACCAAUGAGAAACUGGUGCUGGAAAGCAAAGCUUCUCAGCAGAAGAUUGACAGAUUGACGGGUACUAUGGAGAUGCUGCAGGGGCAGGUCGACACGCUAACGGCUCGCGUGGAGGAGUUGCGCACUUUGGAGGAGCUCAGGGUUCACAGAGAAAAAAAAGAGAGGAGAAAGACAGUGCACUCUUUCCCCUGCCUCAAAGAGCUCUGCACCGCUCCCAGGUACGAGGAUAGCUUCAUGGUGUCCUACCCGGGCAGUGGUGACCUAGAGGAAUGUCCACCUGCUGACGAAGAGAAGGAGCAUAUGCGCGUGAUGGUGUCGUCUUUGCGCGCAGCGGUGGCGGCCGAGCGCGGUCGGCGUGAGGCGGCCGAGCGGGAAUGUGGCGCGGUGCUACAGGAGUAUGAGCGCUUGGAGCAGCGUCUCACGGGGGCGGAGAAUUGCCAGCGUCGCGUGUACGAAUUGGAGGCGGAGCUACAGGAGAUGCAGCAGCUCCGCAAGUCCCGAGCUUGCCUGCUAAGCGGAGACGAGGGCCUGGAGCAAACGCUGCUCAACUGCGCCCCCGAGACGGACACGCCGGAUGAUACCGUCAUGGCUGGAACUCAGAACGGGGACGCGGCGCCCGUCCGGAAGAGUUGCAGCGACACGGCUCUAGACGCCAUCUCUGCGCUCGAUGCCUCAGGGAGGCGCAAAGGCAGCUACGCGCUUCAUGCUAACGGCGUCCGGAAGAGGGGCAUGUCCAUCCUACGGGAGGUGGAUGAGCAGUAUCACGCCCUCCUGGAGAAGUACGAGGAGCUGCUUGGAAAGUGCCGGCGCCACGAGGAGAGUCUGUGCCACGCUGAGGUGCAGACCUCCCGACCCGUGUCCCGGGACCCGUCCAUGAAGGAGUGUCGGAUCGCAGAACCCCAGCGGCCGCCCACUCCUCCACAGACGCCCUCGACUCCUGAGGCCCUGGAGGGAAUCAGCCGGCAAGUGGAGGCUGUGGACAAGCGGCUGAGCCAAAACACUCCCGAGUACAAAGCCCUCUUCAAGGAGAUCUUUUCCCGCUUGCAGAGGACCAAGAGCGACAUUAACUCCACCAAAGGGAGGAAAAGUGACUCAAACUCCACCAAAGGGAGGAAAGGCGGAAAAUAGCCGAUUUCGCUCCUAAUAGUCGUGCCACUGAUUCUGUUUCCUCAGUCGUUCAUGUAACGUCUUACUUUUCCUUUUUUCGAAACUACAGUCAGAAAGAUGUUUAGAGGGGGCUGUUUAGCACAACCCAUCCCUGAAUCAUUUGGUGCCACAUAUCAAGAGAUAAAUGGUGGUUUUUCCUUUAACAGGAUGUUCUUCGUCUAAUGUGCUUUUGCCGGAUUGGCCUUUUAGUGUAGACCAUGUUACUCACUAUUGGUUAAACUGUUAACCAUAUUCACCCUGAAGAUGAUCAUUGCUGAUUAUUUCCUUUCUCGCAUGCAUUACAUGUUAUGAAUAACCACAGCGUUGUGUAACCACUUUUGUUCAAUAUUAAAUCACACUUUGCUUUA